CACUUGCACUCCCACACAUAUGCAGACACUCGCACUCACACACACAUAUGCAGACACUUGCACUCCCACACAUAUGCAGACACUUGCACUCACACACACAUAUGCAGACACUUUCACUCACACGUAUAUGCAGACACUUGUACUCACACACACACACACACACACACACGAACUUCAUAUCACUCCUAAGAAAGAAAUGAAAAUGAAUAACAAACUGUAUUCCUAUUAUGUAUUUAGACAUGACGUCUUCGAUAUUAACAAUUGAAUUAUGUGUACGUUUUUUUUAAAAAAUAUUUUUAUUGUAUUUGUAUUUGUACUUGUACCGCAUUUAAGUUAAGCUAAAAAAAAACUCUGCCGAUGUUAAACAAUUUGAAAAAGUUAAAGAUCGCCUCCAACUCGUGUUAUAUUAAGCCUGUGUAAUUAUCAUUUAGAAAGUGCGUAAAUGUUUAAUUAAUAACUAAAGCUAAGUAAUUGAGUUGAGCGUUAAGCUAUUGCAGCUAUUUCUCUAUAUAUAUAUAUAUAUAUAUAUAUAUAUAUACAUACCUAUCGUAUGUACAUUUUUGUAUUUUUUUGUGUAUUAACGCUAAGCGCUUGUGCUUAUUUUUUAUUAUUAACAAUUACAUUGUCACUUACGUGUAAGCUGCUCAGUAUGCAAUUGCUUAAUGUCAAGGCUCAAGCUAAAAGUAUGCGCACUUAAUGUUAAAGCGAAUCCUUAUAAUCCUUUAAAUAUUCCUCUCCAUAUAUAUAUAUAUAUAUAUAUGCUUUUUUAUACAAUUUCUUAAACAUUACCGUGUACACAUUUUGGGAAGAAUCACGCGCUGGGCUAAAAUUUAGCAGAACACUUGUAAAGUUUUUUGGUUUGCCGUGCCGUUAAUAGCUUUAACUAAUUAAUAUUUCAUUUAAACUUAAUAUGGUCAAACGGCUAACAGCGUUGCCACCUGCACAGAAAUACCAAAACACAACAAAAAAUACUAUAUUGUGAAUGAAUUGCCAUGGCAAGUGCCGUGCUGUAGUUUGAAACCAGCUGGCAACCCUACGCACUCAGCUCACAUGUUGUGCGGUAACAUUUACAAAAUGUGCCGGCUUAUAUUUAAAUGAAAAUAAAUCGAAAAAUGUGUUAAAAGUCAGAGCAGCAUGUACAAAACAAUGCGCUGGACGCGUUCGCUAACGCAAACAACUGGCCGCAGCACAUGGCAACGUUUGGCCGCCCAUCGCACACUCUGCACGACCUUGGUUCGCUUGGAAGACAAAUCGGAUGCGGCGCCGGCGUCCAAUUUGUCGGAGGCUGCGCUGCUACGGCAAUUUGCGGAGAUGCCCGUGCAGCGUAUUCGCAACUUUAGCAUCAUUGCGCAUGUGGAUCAUGGCAAGAGCACGCUGGCGGAUCGUGUGCUUGAGCUGACAGGCGCAAUUUCACGCAAUGCCGGCCAGCAUCAGGUGCUCGACAGCCUGCAGGUGGAGCGGGAGCGCGGCAUCACAGUGAAGGCACAGACCGCCUCCAUAUUCUACAAAUAUAAACAGCAACUGUAUCUGCUGAACUUAAUCGAUACGCCCGGCCACGUGGAUUUCUCCAACGAGGUCUCCCGCUCGCUGGCCGCCUGCGAUGGCGUCAUCCUGCUGGUGGAUGCCUGCCACGGAGUACAGGCACAAACCGUGGCCAAUUAUCAUCUGGCCAAGCAGCGACAAUUGGCCGUUGUGCCGGUGCUCAACAAGAUCGACAUCAAGCAUGCCCAGCCCGAUCAGGUGACCCGGGAUAUGCAGCUGCUGUUUGGCAUUGAACCCGCCAGCGUGCUGCGCGUCUCCGCCAAACUGGGCACUGGCAUUGACCAGGUGCUGGAGCGUGUUAUUGAGACAAUCCCGCCGCCAAAUGUGCAGCGCGAGAGCGCAUUUCGUGCGCUCAUCUUUGACAGCUGGUUCGACAAAUAUCGCGGCGCACUCAAUCUCAUCUAUGUGCUUAACGGCCAGCUGGCCGUGGGCCAGGAUAUACAGUCGCUGGCCACCAAGAAGGUGUAUCCCGUCAAGAGUCUGUCCGUGCUGCGUCCGGCCGAGUGCGCUGUGCACGGCCUGCUGGCCGGCCAGGUGGGCCUCAUUGCCUGCAAUAUGCGCAACAGCAAGGAGUCCAUCAUCGGUGACACGAUUCAUCUGAAGCAUCAAACGGCGACGGCUGCCGGCAGCUAUCGGCCACAGCAGCCGCUUGUCUUUGCCGGCAUCUUUCCGGUCGAUCAGUCCAAGCAUGUGGCCCUGCGCAGCGCCAUUGACAAAAUGGUGCUCAAUGAUUCGGCGGUGACGGUCAAUGUGGACUCCAGUCCGGCGCUGGGUCAGGGCUGGCGUCUUGGCUUUCUGGGCCUGCUGCAUAUGGAGGUGUUCUGUCAGCGUCUGGAGCAGGAGCAUGGCGCUGAGCCGAUCAUAACGGCACCCUCGGUCACAUAUCGGAUUGUGCUGCGCAAUCCCAAGCUGAUCAAGCAGCACGGCAGAAACACGCUGGACAUAUCGAAUGCGGCCUUGCUGCCCGAUCCGUCCAACAUUGAGGAGUACCAUGAGCCGCUGGUGCUGGGCACCAUCAUAACGCCCACCGAAUAUGUGGGCCAGAUAAUUGGGCUGUGCGUGGAGCGACGCGGUCUGCAGCAGAGCUCGGUGAACAUCGAUGAGUCGCGCAUCCUGAUGAAGUAUGUGCUGCCGUUGAGCGAGAUUAUAUUGGAUUUUCAUGAUCGACUGAAAUCGCUGAGCUCCGGCUAUGCCAGCUUCAGCUAUGAGGAUCAUGGCUAUCAUCAGACGCAUCUGGUGCGUCUGGACAUACAUCUGAAUGGGCGGCCCAUCGAGGAGCUGUGCCGCAUUGUGCACGCCAGCAAGGCAACCGGCGUUGCCCGCCAAAUGGUGCACAAGCUCAAGGAUCUCAUACCCAAACAGAUGGUACAGAUUGCCAUACAGGCGUGCGUGGGCAGCAAAGUGCUUGCGCGCGAAACCAUCAAGGCCUAUCGCAAGGAUGUAACGGCCAAGCUGUAUGGCGGCGAUGUGACGCGUCGCAUGAAGCUGCUCAAACAACAGUCGGAGGGCAAAAAGAAGAUGCGCAUGUUUGCCAACAUUCGUGUGCCGCACGAGACUUUUAUCGAUGUGCUCAAGCGCUAAACGCAAAUCCGCCGGACACCCGUCACGCAUGUCAACUGCACUUUGGGUGAGUGAGAUGGGAUGCUGCUGCCGCUGCUGCUCAUUUUUUAUCGAUAUCAUUCUUAUUUAUUUUUUAUACAAACCGCUUAUCGCGAGCACAACAAAUAAUUCGCCCCUUCUCCCGGCUCUUGCGGCUCUUGGUCGAUAGCACUGCCCGCAAGAAUGCCCCCUUAUCAUUUUGUAUGCUCUUUUGUCUUGGA